CGAAGUCGUAAUGUGUAUAGCGUUUUUCUAUUUUUGUACUCGCACAAACUUGCCAACAAUUCUGAUUGAGAAGGGAAUCCAACGGUUCCUUUUUGUGUAUUAGAAUUCAGUUAAUUUCUUCGGGUUGUUAAGAAAGUGUUUAUCGAAAUGUCUGAACCAAAUUCAGCAUAUCAGGGAUUUGCUUCGAAGCGUGGUAAUAAAACCAAAAAUACUAAUAAGAAAGCUGAUAGCAGCAAAGCCAGUGUGAGCAAAAAUAGUGGUGUGAAAUACAAAACUUUGGAGAAGAAUAAACCAAAGGUCUCGCCCAAAAAUCAAGUUAAUUCAAGAUCCAGCAAGGCAACCAAAGAAAAGGGUGCGCCUGUGAAGUCUAAAGGUGCUACCAAAAAUGCAGCAACUGAAGUUGAAACGACUAAAGCCAAAGGCGCUCAUAAGAAAGUAGCAAACAAACCUGAGACUGCGAAGAAACAACAAAGAGGUCAUCGUGCGGUUACUAACGGUAAUACAAAGUUCAACGGCAUUAAAGAGAACGAGAUCGAUGCUUUGGUGGAGCAGCUCUUGGGCGACUCAUCUUCACAUCCUAAAAAGCUGUCUAAAGCACAACAGAAAAAGAAGCAAGAAUUGGAGGAUUAUUUGGUACGACAGCUAGAGAAAGAUGAUGAAGAGAGAGAUAACGAAAAUAUUAGCGAGGAAGAUGAAUCUGAGUCUGACAUGGAGGAAUAUUGUAGUACUUGCGAGGAUAAUUCCGACGAGUAUACGAUCAAUAGUUACACCGAGGAGGAAGGCGAAGAGGAAGAAUCUAGUGUCAACGAUGAAUACUCCAGCGAAUCGGAUGAGCAUAAUAAACCAGUUGCCACAUCCACCAAAAAUACCGCUGCGCUUAAGCGUGACACAUCUGCUAAAGCUGGUAAUGACGCUAAUGCUCAAAAAAAGGGGCGGAAAUCGGAAAAGUCAGUUGAUAACCUACCUGCUGCAACAGUAGUUGGAACUGACAAAAUCGUAAAACCAACAGAGAAACGGCGGCAAUCUGUAGACUUAGCUGGCGUUGUGUCUACAUCUACCCCGGAAAUUACGGUGAAAACAGUGAAUGCAAGCGCCGUUAAAAUAGAGCCACUUUCACCACCGAACAACAUUGUCAAGAUGAAUAGCAUAAAAGAGGGUGAAAAAUUAUUCAACUGGCUUCUAACUCCACUACCGAUAAAGGAAUUUUUCUCAAAAUAUUGGGAGUCGGGUCCCUGCCUAAUACAGCGCAAAGGAUGUAACUAUUAUUCACAUCUUAUAUCAUUUCAGGCUAUUGAUCAGAUGUUAUUAAAAAAUCAUGUAGAGUUUACAAAGAAUAUUGAUAUAACAUCUUAUGAAAAUGGUGAGCGUAAGAUGCUCAAUCCAGUAGGACGUGCCCUGCCGCCUGUCGUUUGGGAUCUUUAUGGGCAAGGCUGUAGUGUACGCCUGCCAAACCCGCACAUAUUUUUGCGAGAGCUGUAUCGCUUGAACACCACCUUGCAGGAGUACUUUCACUGUUUAGUUGGCGCCAAUGCCUAUCUCACACCGCCUAACAGCCAAGGUUUUGCGCCACACUACGACGAUAUAGAAGCUUUUGUACUGCAAAUUGAAGGACGCAAGCGCUGGCGCCUUUACAAGCCACGUACGCAGGCCGAACAACUGGCGCGUUUCUCAUCAAAGAAUUUUACCCAGCAGGAGAUCGGCCAGCCGAUAUUUGAAGAGGUGCUGGAACCUGGCGACAUGUUAUACUUUCCGCGUGGUACUAUCCAUCAGGCCUGCACCGAACCAGGCUAUCACUCAUUGCACAUCACACUUAGCAUGUAUCAAAAGCAAUCCUAUGCUGAUCUCUUCGAGUAUAUGAUGCCAUUGGUAUUGCAGCGCGCUAUCGAAACCAACAUUGAAAUGCGAUGCGGUUUGCCGCUUCACAUCUUCCAACAUGCUGGCGUUGCGUUCAGCGACAUUAAUACCAUGGAGCGCGCCGAACUGUUGCGCAAAGUCACUAAACUAAUGGGCCAGAGUUUGCACAGCGUACCAUUAGAUGAAAUAAUGGAUGCUGCUGUGGAUCAGCUCGCCAAAAAAUAUCAGAGUGAAGCGCUGCCGCCACACCUGUCGCCCGCUGAACACGAGCGAACCAUAUUCGGUUCGCAUAGUAUGACUAAUGAGCGCGGCGAAUGCUUGUGUGACUAUGAAAUCACUGAGCGCACUAAUGUUCGCCUGUUGCGAGCAAACAUAAUGCGAUUGGUGCAGGAGGAUAGCAAAGUGCGUAUAUACUAUUACUUGGACAACUCCAAAGAGUAUUGCGAAUAUAAUCGGAACUUUAUGGAAAUUGAAAUGGAAGAGGCGGCUAGUGUUGAACUGCUCAUACGCUCGUACCCAGAGUAUAUCGCUGUGUCGCAGCUGCCACUAGAAGAUGAAGAGCAUAAGGUGCAAAUGGUGACCGCGCUAUGGGAGCGUGGGCUGCUGAUGACCGAGAAGCCAUUUAAAUGAUGACAAAAGUG